GUUCUUCCAUAAUGAGACACUUUAUAACUGCGGCGCUACUUCUGGCAUCAAUCUAGUCAGAGGACUGUGGACUGAGGACUAUCAUUGGACUUUUGGGGAAGGCUCUUCUGCAUUUACAUCUGCUUGUCAUUUUUUGUGGAAUUGUUUCACAUUGCAUUGAAUCUGCCUGGAAAAAUGCUGCUCCUACUGCUUGGAAUCAUUAUCCUGCACAUUGCUGCUCUGGUACUCCUCUUUAUAUCGACUAUUGUUAGCUCCUGGACCGUCGGGACGACCAGCAGCGCGGAUCUGUGGUCAAACUGCUCCACGUCUGCCGUCGGCUACCACUGCGACCCAGCCUUUGCAGGAGAAUGGAUCCAGGCAGUCCAAGCGCUCAUGAUCUUAUCCAUCAUCUUCAGCUUCCUCUCCCUCUUCCUCUUCUUCUGCCAGCUCUUCACCCUGCAGAAGGGUGGCCGCUUCUUCCUCACCGGAAUCUUCCAGAUCCUGGCCAGUCUGUUCGUCAUGACCGGCGCCAUCAUCUACACGGUGAUGAGUCCGACCUGGGUGCCGGACUUCAUGUCCUUCGGGUUCGCCUACAUCCUGGCCUGGGUGGCCUUCCCCCUCGCCCUGAUUAGCGGCCUAAUCUACGUCAUCUUGAGAAAGCGCGAAUGAGAUCACGUCGCCACGGAGACUAGCUGAAGAGGAGCUUCCGUGCUACCGUACCGUACUGCGUCCACAGAGAAGUUCACUGACACCAGUUUGAGGGUGGCUGGGCGGGGGUAGGAGGGGGGGGGGAUGGGGUCAGGGAUAUUAAAGUAGGGAUAAGACAAGACACGAUUGUCGCCUUACUCUACAGGCUCCUCAGAAGUAAGUAUUCACCAAUCACCAUCAGCCUUGAUCGGUUUGUUCAUACCAACAUACCCUGUGAUUGGUGGAGCUCCUCUCUGGUUUCUGUUUGAAAGGCAGAAACCAGUGAGUGUUCUGUGUCUAUUUUAUUAUCCCUGGGGGGGAAUGGGGGGGAGUGAGGUUUGGGGAUUCAGGGAGGGGUUUACACAAACAGAAACAACAAAUACUGUUAUAAUUGAAGAUGUAUAUAGUAUCUAUGGUUUAAACCCUAUUUAUAACACUUUUUACAUAUAUGUACAUAGUAUUGUUGUGUUGCUAUAUUGACAAAGAUUCUCCUUUGAUGAACUUUGUUUAGCUAAUUAAGUGCCUAAAAAUGUAAUGGUGAAGUAACGAGUCUUUGUUUUAUUUGUGUGUAGUUUUCUUUAAAUUACCCCCCCCCCCCCACCCAAAAAAAAAGAAAAAAAAGUUUAAAUAAAUUUUUGAACCAUUUUAACCAAAGUGCAUGUAUGAACUAGAAGGCAGGAGGGAAUUUGUGUUUUAACAGUGCUUAUUUGAGGAGAAAUACAGAAGCAACAACCAAACAAGAUUGCUAGGAUAAACCAUUAAAAAGGUAGCUUGACAGUUUUUUCAGUUUUUUUCUGUAUGUAAUAAGCCAAAAUUUUUUCAAGGUUUGUUUUUUCAACAACAAAAAUGGUGCUAUAUAUUUACCAUUCCUAUUAUUGAUAGCCAUUUAGCCUUAUUUAGAGUUGAAUAACUUGAUUUAACAUGCAGUAGGUGGAACGUCUGAUAGUGUAAUGUACUUGUGCCUAACUGCUUAUGUACAUAAAGGAUUUUACUAAAGUUUCUUUUUCUCUUUCUUUUUUUGUUUAGUUUUCUUUUCGUUUUAUUUUUCGUUUCUUUUAUUUUUAUUUUUUAAAUAAAAACAUUAAAAGAAUGUUGGCCUUACGUGUAAGUUAAGCUACAUGUUUGAGAGUGAGGGUGGGGCUCAUAAUUUGUCCAUUUUUAUUUUUCAUCACCUGUUAUUUUCUUUUACUCUUUCACUUAAAACUGUAUUGCCAUUUCAAACGUCAGUAUUAAAAGAGCUGCAUUGUUUCGUUGAUUUUACUGUACGACUGCAUGUAAUGUUUUGGUGGCACGAUGAGGAGACCCAAUUGUGGGCUUAAAAAAAACUACAACGGCUUUAGUUUCGAUUAAUGUUUGGUUCUCUCUUUCAUAAGAUGUUUCUUUGUGUGAUUAUUUUUACCUGACCAGCAAUUAUAAUUAGACGCCGGCCCAUUUCGAGGGUGGUGUAGCGACUGCGAGGGCAUUAUACCAAAUCAAAUCUGGCAUAAAAUUUAGAGGGGGGGGAAAUGGUAUCAAAAUACUGUAUUAUGAGAGGAAGGAUAUUUAGAUUGGGAAACUUGCGGUUUUGCAUUUUAGGUGAAAAAAACGUGAAACCUGUCUUUUUCGUUCUGAUGACGAAUGUGUUCUCUGAAACCCACUUGAAUUAUGGAGUCUGGCUGUUCCAUUCGGGGGAAAAAAGGAUACUGUGAUGUUGUGCCAGUAUCAGUCGACUGUAAUCCUUGAAAACGCUAACAAACGAAUUGACUAAAUAAACAAUGAAUUAGAUACGCCUGUCUAGAGAUAAUUAUGUGUAAUUGUGUGUUCCUUUUCAGCAGGAGGCAAAGCCCAAAUGACCACUAGAAACCCAAAUUGCCGUCGCGGUGAACGAGUUACCUGUUUCCAUGGUUUUUAUGUGCUGUAAAGCGACCCGACGGGGAUGAUUGUGUGGAAGACUUUUGCGAGAAUGCACAAACGGGAACUGUAGUAAAAACUAAAGAUAAAAGGCCUCUGGAUCCCCCCCCCAUGUAAAGUACAUCUGGUUGAACUUAGAUAAGUGUGUGCUAUUAAAGUGAAUGCAAAUUA